AUGGUUGCUAUGUAUACGGUCUUCGGGCGGCAGGUUGGGUCACAUUAUCUUGCCAUGGCGACGCUGGGUGCAAUGUUUGGCAGUUCGUACCUCGCAAUGAGGGGAGGAGAGAAGAAAACAGCCCAGGGACCACCCAUCAAUGCUUCCAGCAAAGACGAAGAAACCUUUAUUCAGGACUUCUUGAAGAGUGUGCAGGACGAAGAGGCCAAGGCGAAGGCGAAGGCAUGA